UAAUCGCACCAAAUAAGUUGUCACUUACCUUACCACAACCAAAAUGGUCACAUUAAACAAUCUCAUGGUCCAAAUUGUCCUCGUAAUAUAUUUAGUGACCCUCAUCGACAAUGCUUCAUCCCAAACCAACAAUUCUUUGCCCUCCGAAAAAUCCUUUUAUCCAAAAGGUCGUCACUGCAAUGGCCCUCGCCCACACCGGCUCUGUCGUCGUACCACCGUACCACCAAAACCAGUUCCUACUCAGCCUUCUUGUUCCUGCGGGGUGUCAUCUCCCCAAAAAAGUAGUCGAAUUGUGGGUGGAUCGCUGGCCAAACUUGGCGAAUUCCCAUGGCGUUGCAUCUUCAACGGGAACGUAUCUAGGACUUUUUGCACUUGUACUAUCAUCUCGGCCAGUUGGGUGAUGACCGCGGCCCACUGCAUGGACCCCCUCGUCCCAUCCGACACUCUUAUCGUCGACGUGGGCGACUUGGACUUUACAACUACAUCGGAAGCAGAGAACGUCGUGAUUGAGGUGGACAGAUUCGUUAGGCAUCCCACGUACGACAAUAAAACCGUGAGAGGCGACAUUGCCUUAGUCCAUCUCAAAACGCCAAUCACAUUCACCCCAACGAUCCAGCCGGUUUGUUUACCCUUCUCCUUAGUCGGCCAAAACCUCGUGGGACGCAGGGUUACAGUGUCGGGAUGGGGAUCCACCACCGACUUAUUAGGCCCCGCUUCACCAAAGUUGAUGAAAGCUGAUGUGACUGUAGUAUCGAAUAGUGUAUGCAGAAGCUUUCUCGGACCAAGCUUUCCUCAAAGUAAGAUUUGCACGAGAGAAAUUGGAAAAUCUGUCUGCAGUGGGGACUCUGGCGGCGGUAUUGACCUUGUAACCAAUGAGAGGUCUUAUACCGUGGGGGUGAGUAGCUCUGUUAUCAAUGGAUGCAAUAGCAAUUCGCCAAAUGUGUUUACUAGAGUGGCAAGCUAUUUGGAUUGGAUUGUUUCUACAACUGGAGAGCAAUUCUGCCAAGCAUAAAAUGCAUGGAUUAGUCAAACUGACAACUGAAACUUGAUAUAUUUUUUGUUGUAAACCUUAAAUAUCGGUUUUUAUAUUACUUAUAGUACUAGCAAAGCAUAAUAAAACUACGAUACAAUUCAAGCCUGUAUUUUGAAUGCUUGGUUUGAGACAAUUCAAUAAAAAAUUGUAUGCUGCAUAA